AUGUGGGACGGCGGCAUUAUUCCCUACCUGGUGGACACUGCGUUUGACAGUGAAAUGGAGCCGUACCUUAGAGACGCGAUUUUGCAAGUUAAGCAGUUGACAUGCGUUAAGUUCGUUCCUUACGUUAGUCAAGAAUACUAUAUUUAUAUCAAGAGCAGUGAUCAAUUCGCCUAUGCUCCAGUUGGUAAGCCAUCAAAGCCUGGAAAAAGUGAGGUUAACAUUCCGAAGAAUUACAAAGGAGCGCUCGUAAUGCAUCUCAUCCUUCACGUAGUGGGCCUGGUUCACGAAGAUACAAGACCCGACAGCAGAUACCACCUCGUUUACUACAGAGAAAAUAUUAAACCAGGUAUAUGA